AUGCGGACGCUGUCAUAUACUCAGAUCCGGUACAUCUCCCAGACUCAAGGCCUUCCUGCAGAGUAUUUAUUAAGUGCUGGGACAAAAACAACCAGGUUUUUCAACAGAGAUUCGGAGUCUACGUACCCGCUCUGGAGACUUAAGACUCCCGAGGACCACGAGGGCGAGACGGGGAUCAAGUCCAAAGAGGCCCGCAAGUACAUCUUCAACUGCCUGGACGACAUGGCUCAGGUGAACAUGACGUCGGAGCUGGAGGGCAGUGACAUGCUGGCGGAGAAGGCCGACCGGAGGGAGUUCAUCGACCUGUUGACAAAGAUGCUCACCAUCGACGCCGACAAGAGAAUCACGCCAAUCGAAACGCUCAGCCACCCCUUCAUCACCAUGUCCCAUCUGCUCGACUUCCCACACAGCGCACAGUAA